AGCGCGCAGGCGCACUGGGGUGGGGACGGGGUGGCGAGAGCUGCGGGUGUGCAGUGUGUGUAGCGAAUGCAAUUGGCAGCGGCUGUGUGUGGCGUCGCAGCGCCAGGCUGACCCGAAGCUCCAGAGCGCUUUAGGGGGGCGGGGUGAGCCUAGCGGGCAGGGGGGCUGGAGGCAGCGUUCGCCCCCGUUCCAGUCCCUGAGGGGAGGCUGCCCUGUCCCCGGGGGGCGCCCAAGCAGGCACCAUGCCGCUCCCUCUCUGCACGCUCUCCAGCCAAGCACAUCAUUGUUUGCGUGCUUUAAAGUCAGUAAAGAAAGACUGUCUACCGCCUUUGUGUAUUGCAAGAUGGGCUUCUACUUCCUCUGUGCCUCGAAUCACUACACACUAUACUAUUCAUUCUCGGAACAAAGACAAACGAUGGGAAGGGGUGAACAUGGAAAGAUUUGCAGAAGAAGCUGAUGUUGUCAUAGUUGGAGCAGGCCCUGCGGGUCUUUCUGCAGCUAUUCGACUCAAACAGUUAGCCAAUGAGUAUGGCAAAGAAGUUCGUGUUUGCCUGGUGGAGAAGGCUGCUCAGAUCGGUGCACAUACGCUUUCUGGUGCUUGUCUUGAGCCACGUGCUUUGGAAGAACUCUUACCGGACUGGAAGGAGCGAGGGGCUCCACUUCAGACUCCAGUAACUGAAGACAAAUUUGGGAUUUUAACAAAGAAUUCCAGAAUUCCAGUGCCAAUUCUUCCAGGCCUUCCAAUGACUAAUCAUGGGAAUUAUAUAGUGCGCCUAGGGCACUUUGUGAAUUGGCUGGGUGAGCAAGCAGAAGCUUUGGGUGUUGAGGUGUAUCCAGGCUAUGCAGCAGCUGAGGUUCUUUUUCAUGAAGAUGGCAGUGUGAAAGGGAUUGCCACUAAUGAUGUAGGCAUUCAAAAGGAUGGAGCACCUAAAACUAACUUUGAAAGAGGUCUGGAGCUACAUGCCAAAGUCACGUUCUUUGCAGAAGGUUGUCAUGGACAUCUUGCCAAACAAUUGUACAACAGAUACAAUCUAAGGGAGAAAUGUCAACCCCAGAGCUAUGGUAUCGGACUGAAAGAGUUGUGGCUUAUUGAUGAAAAGAAAUGGAAACCAGGAAGAGUGGAACACACUGUGGGCUGGCCCUUGGACCGACAUACGUAUGGAGGAUCAUUUCUUUAUCAUUUAAAUGAAGGUGAACCAUUGGUAGCUCUUGGGUUUGUGGUUGGUUUAGAUUAUCAAAAUCCCUAUUUGAGCCCAUUUAAAGAGUUCCAGAGAUGGAAACAUCAUCCCAGUGUGGAGCCCACUUUUGAGGGUGGAAAAAGGAUUGCCUAUGGUGCUAGAGCCUUGAAUGAAGGCGGUUUCCAGUCUAUACCCAAACUCACUUUCCCUGGUGGAGUAUUAAUUGGUUGCAGUCCUGGUUUCAUGAAUGUUCCUAAAAUCAAAGGUACGCACACUGCAAUGAAAAGUGGCAUGUUGGCUUCAGAAGCUGUUUUCAACCAAUUAACUAAUGAAAACCUCCAGUCGAAGACAAUAGGACUUGAUGUGCCUGAAUAUGAAGAAAACUUGAAGAAAUCCUGGGUGUGGAAAGAGCUCUAUUCUGUUAGGAAUAUCCGACCAUCCUGCCAUGGAGUACUGGGUGUCUAUGGAGGAAUGAUUUACACUGGUAUAUUUUAUUGGAUACUGAGAGGAAUGGAACCAUGGACAUUAAAACAUCCAGGGCCAGACUCUGAUCAGCUAAAGCCAGCCAAAGAUUGCACUCCUAUUGAAUAUCCAAAGCCUGAUGGAAAAAUCAGUUUUGAUCUCCUGUCCUCUGUGGCGCUAAGUGGGACAAAUCAUGAACAUGACCAGCCUCCUCAUUUGACUCUGAAGGACGACAGUGUCCCUGUGAACAAAAAUUUAGCUAUAUACGAUGGGCCAGAACAGAGAUUCUGUCCUGCAGUUUCAUAUUAGGAAGCCUACAGCACAGACUGCAGGAUGUUCUGGCAAAGCAUAACAUGUACACACAAAACCAGGAUUCAGUCCACAAAUGACAGUCCUUCCUAAUAACCUCCACCACCAGCUGUUGUGGAGAAAAACACUAGUAAGCAGCAGCAAAGAAAAUCCCUUGCUCAUACUGGACCUUACCCAAAGCCCAAUGAAGUCAGUGGAAAGACUCUCACAGCUGUACUACUGCCAUUGGAGCAAGCCUACUACCAACGAUUGAUGCACUCUCUACAAAAACAUGGUCAAGGUAGACGAAAGAUAAAAUAAAGAGGGAUAAAUAAUGCAUUUCUACUAUUCUCUAAUCCAUUACUUUUCUAAACGGAAAACUCUUGUAUUAAACCAAAAUAUCUAAUGAAAGGCCAUAUGUUAUGCUAAAUCACUUAAUAUAUUUCUACUGUAGCUUGACUCUGCGUUUUCUUUUCUUCCUUUCUGAAUUGCUAACUCAAAAGGAUUUAAAUAUUGAAAGUCCAAAAAAACUCUCCCUGAGUUCCAUGAAAGCCAGAUCAGCCCAUAACUUAAGUAUUGAUCACAGUUAGAAAUCCACACACAUCCCUACCACCCCAAUAUUGAAAUCAAACUGGUUUCAAAAUACUUGAAGUCAACUGUUAAUAUUAUGCAACUUAAAUAGAAAAUGGAAAAAGAACAACAAAAUAAAGAUGAUUCAAACUUACUUCUAUGGAAAGGGCAUCCUUUAUAAUGAAGAGGCUUUCCAGUGGUAGGCCCUAUCCCUUUUUCUCCUGUACAUAGUGCACGGAAAUUUUCAGCAGUUUUGGGCACAACAUCUGCAAACAAUUCUAAGACAAUUCGACCAACUGGAAUAUGAGAGAGAGAAAGAGAACGAACACACAUUUCAGUCCAAUCCUGAAAAAACACGUGGAAGAGCCCAACAUCUCAAGACAAACAUGUUUAUAUGGCAGUUCUAUAAGUGUAGGAGAGGGGCGGAGGGCAGGGGGGGAAUUGGCUUAAAUACUGUUGAUUCAACUAACCUAAUUCUUAAAAUAUACAAUUUUCUAUAUCCCUCCUACUGCUACCAUGGGUGGAGCUAGUGAAUUACAGCUACAAUGUUUGUUACCAUAGAUACAGUCAGUGAAAAACUGAUUAAGGGGGAACUGGUUAAGGGGGAGACAAUGACAGAUGUGUCUAAAAACUAUUUGAAAACAAUCCACACAUAUAUUAUAUGAGUCAAAUUCUGCCCUUGGAUAUACUCACAGGACUCGCAUAGACUUAAAAGUGCACCACAUUUGUGCAGCAUAUAUUCUUGUUAGAACUGGUUGGGGAAAUAGAGUUUUGCUCUAUGGAAAAUUUCAACUGCUUUUUCUUUUUCAUUGUCAUUUUCCAUGGAAGAUAACUACUUUUGUUGAAAUAUCAAAAUCGAAAUAUUUUGGCUCAAAACCAGGGUGGCCAUGCAGGGUUGUUUUUCAGCCAUUCAUAUUUUUUUAAACAAAAUCUUCCAAAGAAAGUGAACACUUUUUGUGGAAAAAAAAAAUCAAACCUCUUUCCAUUGAAAAAUAGUAUAAAUGGAAUUUUUUUGACCAGCCCUAAUCUCCAUACUUAGACUUCAAUCCCACAGAAAUUUAUAAGCAAUACCACUUUUAUGUAUGUGGACAAUCACUGAAUGGAACUACAGUUUCCCUUUAAAAAACAUCUACUCUUAGAUGCUACAAAUGUUUUUACUUAAAAAUGAAACCUCAAUUGGUAAACAAAUCCAUAAAGCAUUAAUCUAAUUUCACAAAGCUGCCUUCUUACAAUGAUUCCACUCCAAGCAGCUGUUAACUGUCAGUGGUGCUGCUGUUUUCUCAUCAAUCUGACAGUCAAUUAGACAACUUCCAAGUAAGGCAAUUCUUAACAUAAUUUUGUGUAUGAAAGCUAAAUAUAUGAACAUUAAAUCUAAUAAGGGAGUGAAAGUAAAUUAAAAUGUUUGAAACUGUAAUUCAGUAAGUUGGUUUUAGCAUUUAUUAAAGAAUUGCUUACUUUUACCUUUUUUAUUCUCAAUAUUACCGUUAAAUAAAUCACACAUGAAAUUCUGAUAAUAUGGAAAUGUCUAUCUUUACCUAAAUCUUGAAAAGCUAAAUUUUCCAAGAGUAGUUUGUUUGUUGGUUGGUUUUUUUGUUGUUGUUGUGUUUGUUGGUUUGUUUGUUUGUUGGUGUCUUUUGUUUUGUUGAUGUGUUUUACACAAGUUGGAGGUAGCUUUUGAAAGUUCUACUUCAGUGAAACCCAUGAUCUCAAGAGGCCAUCGACUAACACGCUUUUGGAGGCAAAAAUACCUAUGAAGAAUCAUUCCCCGCUACCACCACUUAUUCCUCCCUCUAGCAGCAACUUUCCUUUUUUGCAGCAGCAGCCAACUUAUGUCCUGUUUCGCUAUGACUGUGCCAUGGCACUUUAAAAAAAAAAAAGUCAAUAAAGUGACAUGAAGUUUUGAAUCAGGGGCUACUAGACUUUAUCCAGCUGAGAGGAUCACUCUAAACAAGAUGGAACAUGGCACGUUGACACUAAUAGUCCCUCUGGGGCACAUAUCCAAAGUCAAAACAAUCGUGUGUGCUACAGUAUAUGACCCAGACUGGGUGGUAUUUCAGCCAGCCCCUGAUUUAAGUGUGACAUUCACAUAGCACCUUGUGCCUUUCGAUUAGUGUUUGUGGAGUCAGGUCUGCACACUGUGAACUCUUUAGGGUAGCAGACACAUCACACUGUGUGUCUUUAUUGCCAUAGCAAGGACUCCUAUUAUGGUGGUAAAUCCCCAAUAAUUUGCUCUCCCAUGUUAUGCCCAAAUUAAUCGUCAGCCUGUGAAGCCUGGUGCAUGGGUCUGUUUCUCUGGAUUCUGAUGGUGUAGCCCUAAGCACCCCUUUCUCUAUUCACAUUGUAUACACUAUUAUAAUCUUUGUACAAAAUAUGCCUAGUGAGGUAUCAUUUGAAAGUUAACUCACUGAUCAUUAAUAUUCUUGCAUGAUGUAUGUACACGGUGUGUAUUAAGAGUUAUGCAUAUAUGCUGGAGUUAUGAUUGAAGUGUGUUUAUCAGGCACGUUGGGGGAGAUUUUAAAAUAGGUUUAUCCUAAACAAAGGAAUGGGGUUUACCCAUUACCCAAACAAUAAAUAGGGUCAUCAAAUUAACAAGGGGUGGGGAUGGGGGAGGCGUAGCAAGAUUGUAGGAAAGAGAGCAAUUUGCAUUUUAGUAGACACCAGCAUGGGAAGAAAGAGUAUGGAGCUUCCUUCACCACUAGAUGUCAUGCAGUUUUCCUCACAGCUUGAAUAAACUUUACUUUGAGGGGUAACCUUCAUACCCUCAGAAGAAUCCAUUUCAAAGGUUUACUGGUCUAUAAAGACAGGGAGUCUGAAUCUCAAGUGAAUGAGCUGAUUAUACACAAUAUGACUGUACUAUAAGAGUAUUUAGAGUGAGGUCUUUUCUGAAAGCUAAUGACACUCUGCUGAUUAAUAUCACCGUGAAAUGUAUGUAUUAACAUUAUAUGAGGGAGUGUGGAUACUUAAUGAUAUUAUGCUUUGAUAUCUGUGGACAAAUGGAGACAGGUUCUAUCCCAGAGAGGAGAGAAGGAAGCUAUUUACCUGUCUCCUAUGUAAAUUAAGUAUGAAAGAAUCCAAACAAUGGAAGCCCUAUUUACACAGAUAUCAGCAAUGAAAUGGGAAGAUCAUAGAACGGAAAAAAAAAAAAGGUCAGAAGGUCUCUUGAAACAAAGUUAUUUAACUCUGGAAGAUAUAAGCAAGAACCGAAACCAUCUUUGUGUCCAUCAUUAGAUAGACACAUGGGAGCAGAGCUCUUGGAAGCUUGGAAAGAGAGGUCCUUCAACCAAGGUGGGCUCUUAAGCCUCUAGAAACUCACUAUAGAUGAGGUACCUGCUUGAACAAAGCCUGUACCUUGCUAAAUUAUGUUUUAGACUUUUAGAUGUGUGUUUUCACUUUUGUUUGUAAACAUUUCUAACUUUUAUUCUUGAACUCACUUAAAAGCCUAUCUUCUUCUGUUAAUAAACAUGCUUUACUGUUAAUCUAAACCAACAUCACGUGUUUAAAUUAAAGUGAAUGUUAACACCAGUGAA